AUGUCAGGCGAGAACAGCGAACCAAUCAGCACCCUCGAUGCGAGAGAGAAGGCAAGAGACACGCCGGAAGUGGUCCUGCAGUUGAAAUACAACGAUGGAGAACUGAAUAAGAUAUAUCUGACUCAGUUUAGGAAGGAAAGCAAGGGAUGGCUACCCUCAGUGUCGGGUAGACGCAACUUGUGUGCGGACCUGUGUCGCGCAGGUCUCGGAGGAUCGAGCUGCGGUUCCACAUGUCUGGACCUGGUUCCCGUUGGUCUGACGAUGGCUCUUGACAACGGCAAUGAGACAGAUCUCCAAUAUGGCGAGCCAAGGGAUGCUGUUUGCCCCGUGCUUUGUGAAAACGGAUUAGGUCAGCCUCUAUGCAACUGCGAUGUUGAGGUUGCCGAUACGGUCGACUGGAACGCGGUAUGUGGGACGUUCUGUGAAACAGACAGAUACGUUCUAUACGGUUGUCCAGCCUGCGAUGACACCAGGAUCGGACCAGCUCAGCUCUCAUCAAGGGUCUUGAACACCUCUCAGGGUUGGAAAUUAUGGUGUAACGUGCAGUGCAGACAGGGACAAGGAGGCGCGGCCUGCAACUGCGACAAAGCCCCCUUUCUCUAAACCAGAAUACCGAAAAGA